AUGCGGGGCUCUUACCCCUGGUCCCUCCAAAGGUGCAGAGGCCGGCGGUUGUGGGAGCCCGGGGCCGAUCUCGGUCGCCCUCGAGAUCCGUCUCCAGGAGCAUCGCGGUCUCGGGGCCAGGCCGGACCCAAGCGGCCCGGGGAGCGCUCUUUCCUCCUCCUCUGCGACCCCCGGGAUGGCUGGGCCCUCCCCGCGUCCCGGUGCGCGGAGCGUGGUCAGACGCGCGAGCCGCUGGGCCUGGCGCUGUCCGCGGUGCUGAAGGAGGCGCGGCCGCGCACCUCCCCCGACCGCGCCUGCCGCCCUCAGCUCCUCCUGCCCGCCCUCCCCCCACGACCCGCCGCCCGCCGCCCGCCGCCCCACCUUCCCAGGUCCCCGGGCCCUCCUCCCGCUCCACCCCCGCCUGUCCCUGGGAGGCAGCCUUGGGCAGCUCCGCCCUGA